UGUUCCUUUCACCUUAAGAACGGCGCAGGGUGGCCAUGGCGGUGGUGGGCUUCAAUCUGGGCUCCCAGAGCUGCUACAUCGCGGUGGCCAGGGCCGGAGGCAUCGAGACGGUGGCCAACGAGUUCAGCGAUCGCUGCACCCCGUCAGUGGUGUCUUUUGGGUCCAAAAACAGAGCAAUUGGAGUAGCUGCUAAGAAUCAACUAAUUACACAUGCCAACAACACAGUAUUUAAUUUGAAGAGAUUCCAUGGGCGUGCAUUUAGUGACCCUUUUGUCGAAAAGGAGAAAGAACACGUGAGCUACUGUGUGGUUCCAAUGAAAAAUGGAAAUGUUGGAAUAAAAGUAACAUAUAUGGACGAUGAGCAUUUAUUCAGCGUCGAGCAGAUAACAGCUAUGCUACUGACUAAACUGAAGGAGACUGCUGAAAAUAACCUCAAAAAGCCUGUAACCUUAAGAACAGACAAGCAUCCCGAGCUCUGAGGAUGACCUGGGAAGGAAUCCCACU